AUGCUAUUUUCCAGACUGUCUUCUAUUCCGAUCCGAUCCGAUAUGCUGAAAAGCAUUGCGGUUAUCGGAUCAUUUCUUUGGAUCACAACAAUAUGGUUUGUUUAUUCUCAACUAGCUUCAAGCAAUUCAACUCCGCAAGGCAGUGAGCAAACUAUGAGAAAUUGGAGAUUGACACUGGAUAGUUUAACCGAGUUACAAAAUCAGAAUCGAGAAUUGAAGAAAAUGUUGGAGACGGAGAGAUUGGAGAGAAAAGCGCAACAUGAGAAAAUGUGAGUUUAGGAAAAAUUUACAAAUUCUUUGGUGUAAAAAAAUUUAAUGAUGGAAAAUUCGUAAAAAAAUUAUAAGCUAUAUUUAGACUUCCUAAUUUGUUAAGCGUCAAGAUUUGUGGUUUUAUCAAGCCACAAAUAUGUUUUUGUGCUGUAAAAAAGCAAAAAAAAACAGCCAAAAAACUGCGAGAAACAUUUGAAAUUCACAGGGACUAUAGAUAUAUGUUUUUCUACGCGCAAAACCUAGUCCCCUCCAUUUUCCUUUUUUUCAAUAAUAUUUGUGCAGCGGACGUUUUUGACUUUAAAAUCAAAAUAUAAACCCCAAUUAGAAACUGUUAAUCGUAAUUUAAUUAUAUCUUCAGCUUGGCUGCCAAAUCCGACGUUCCGUUGAACAUCGAACCUCCGAAACAACCCGAACAACCUCACGUCAUUGAAAAAAUUAAAAUCGUCGAAAAACUUGUGCCACAAAAUGGAAACAGUUAUGAGAUCGAAACUUCUAGGCGUCUUCUCGAUGAUCGAAUUAGAGAACUUUUUUAUCUGAUUCAUCGUCAGACAUUAUCGGAAGGUGUUAAAUUGAAACUCGAAUCUCAAAUGAUAUCAUUAAUGGGAUUAUCAUCGAAGCUCGAAAACGCGGAUAAUAGCGAGAAAUCUCGAGCGACAGAAAGAAAACAAAUCGCUGAUAGAAUUCUGAGCGAUAUAAAACGAAAUCAGAAUCCAAAAUCAUGUAAAGAUUCAAAUGUUCUCAUUUGCAAUCUCGAUAAAGAAUGUGGUUUUGGCUGUCAAUUACACCAUGUCACAUAUUGUGCAAUAACAGCAUUUGCAACUCAAAGAUUAUUAGUUUUGAAAAAAGAUGGAAUGAAUUGGAAAUAUUCGAGAGAUGGAUGGAAUAGUGUAUUUCUUCCAUUAUCAGAUACUUGUAAAUAUGCGGAAGCUGUUCGAGAUGAAACACCAGCAGCAUUUAGUGCAACUUCGACAGAUCGUGUUGUGUCAUUAGGAAUUGUUGAUGCUUUACCUACAAGGCCAGCUUUUCUACCACAAGCCGUUCCAACAAAUUUGCUUCGUAAUAUUUCAAUGGUUCAUUCACACCCACCUGCAUUUUUCAUCGGAACAGUGAGUUGAAAAAACAACAACAUUUCGCUGUCUACAAAUUUCUCAUUUUUCAGGUUGUUGCAUUUUUGAUGCGAUUCAAUUCUGAAACCAUUGACAAAUUAGAAAAAGCCGCACAACAAGUUGAAUUCUCUAAAGGACCAAUUGUUGGCCUCCAAAUCAGAAGAACUGAUAAAGUUGGAACUGAAGCCGCAUUUCAUGGAUUGGAUGAAUAUAUGGAAUGGACUGAAAUAUGGUUUAAAUCUCAGGAAAAAAUGGAAAACAAAGUAAUUGAUCGACGAAUUUUCAUUGCAUCUGAUGAUCCGACAGUUGUACCUGAAGCCAAACAAAAAUAUCCAAACUAUCAAGUUUAUGGAAGCACUGAAAUUGCUGAAACUGCACAAUUGAGUAAUCGAUAUACAGAUGCUUCAUUAUUAGGAGUGAUUACGGAUAUUUAUUUGUUGAGCAAAGUUGAUUUUUUGGUUUGCACAUUUUCGAGUCAAGUUUGUCGAAUGGGAUAUGAAUUGAGACAAGCGAGUGGAUUGGAUGAUGGAACUAAAUUUCAUUCAUUGGAUGAUAUUUAUUAUUUUGGUGGACAACAAGGUAAGCAUUUCGAGAAGGGAGUUUUUUUUUAACUCUUUGAUUUUUUCCCUAUUAAUUUUAAAAUCCACGUGGAAUAUUUCGCGCAAAAAUUUCCUCGUUCAAAUUUCUAAAGUUUUUUGAAUAAUUUCCAUUUUGCAGCUCAUGAAAUGGUUGCAAUCGAAUCCCAUAAAUCUGCUUCUCCGCUUGAAAUCGAUCUUGAAAUUGGCGAUAAAAUUGGAAUUGCUGGAAAUCAUUGGGAUGGUUAUUCGAAAGGAACAAAUCGUCGAACUAAUAAAAUGGGCACUUUUCCAUCAUACAAAGUUGUCAACGAUUGGCGAACUUAUGAUUUCAAAUUGUUUGUUUAG